AGUUAGUACACUUAAUUCGUUAGUUGUAUUUUUUGAAUUUAUUAUAGAAGUGCACUUCUAAACGAUUCAAACUUUAUUUAGAGCGUAUGACGAAAAUUACUGUAACCAUAAAUCAUGAAUCAGAAUACUUAUAGCUUUUAAAAUUGAUCCCAGUAUUGUAAGCAACUUCCUUGUUUCACGUUAAAUAAGAAAGUCACAGGUAUAGUUUUCACGUCCUAGAUUUCCUUCCUUAUACGGCCCCUCUCUCCCACACCCUGCAAAGCGAUUUUACCCCCGAGUUGUUUCGCUGGUUCUAACUUUCUCGGUGCGGCGGAUUUCCAAGGAGAGGAGAUGGCCCGCCCGGCCUGUUGAGCAAUCACGGAUAGUCUAGUGUCGACAGAUUACAGUAACAGGGCUCCGGCUAAGCUAACUUAACAGUUAAGCUCAGACUCUUGUGUUGUGAAGACGUGUGUGCGUGAAUGAUGUUACUAGAACUUUCACUUUUCUUUUAGGUUGGUCCUCAGAAAGUGAAAGUUUACUUGCCUCAUCCCAACAUGGCGGAGGAAUAUAUCUAUGCCUGUGGAAAGUGUCCAAGGACAUUCAAAUUGAGAGAUUUUUACGAGAAACACGAGAAAGUGCAUGCACUGAAAAAGCAGCAUACGUGUUCGGUUUGCGGGUUUGUGUACGGCGCAGCCAAAGGAUUAGAAGGCCACAUGGAGUCGGCACAUAACAGGGAGAGAUCCAACCCUGAACCAGCUCUCACGGUCACAGAGCCUGCCAAACCAAUGCAAGAACUUCCAUUCGGUUUAGGAUUUCAUUUUCUGCAAACCACGGGAGUCCUUGCAGCCGCAGAUCAAGCUAGGCUUGCGCAAGAAAGCGCAAGUUUGUUACAGAAGACACAUCAAGCAAUGCUGGCUCAAAUGAACAAAUCAAGGGCGAACCUAAGUGGACUGUCGCUAGUCCCUUUGACUAUAUCUGCCACAUCUCCAAGCACUCCUAUUUCUGUUUCUCCUAGUUCUAGAAUACACGAUAAAUCCAAGAUCCCUUCCCCAGCAGGAACCGGAACCUACAAAAUUUACGAUGAUGUUCCAAAAAUCCACGAUGCUGGUGAUGCACUGCAAAAUGAUAGUGGAUUUUUCCGUUGUACAAUCUGCACUAGAGAGUUUUCUGGCCUUAAUAGUCUAAAGAAACAUGUACCAAUCCAUACUAGACGAGUGCAGCACAAGUGUGACACAUGUGGUUAUGUGUUUGGAAAAAAAGAGUAUCUACUUGAUCAUAUGAGAAAGCAUACAGGAGAAAUCAGUCCUGUUUGUGAAGUGUGUGGACAGACCUUCAAUAAAAGUCUUAAACUGAAAGAACACCAAAAACUUCACAAAAAUCCUGGAUCUGAUAAGACCUCAUCAGAUGCUGUUCCAUACCGGUGUCACAUUUGUAAAAAAUGUUUCUCAUCUGCAGACCCACUCGGAGACCAUCUGCGAGGACAACACUCUGAGACUGUGUACAAGUGCGAUAUGUGUGACGCAACUUUCGGGGAUGUAAGAGGAAAGAACCAUCACAUGUAUAAUGAACAUCAGUUAGACGCCUUUCAUCAGAAAUGUGUCUGGUGUCCGGUGUGUAACCAAGGGUUUACUCGACACUAUAAUCUCAAGGUUCAUAUGUAUAAAUCACAUGGAAAAGAGUAUUUGGAGAAUAACUUUUCUCAGGAAGAACUUGACAGCUUGAUGAGACCUCCUCCAGGCAGUAACACAAGUAAACCCUCUCCCUCUCCAAGAAAGGUCGAUAAAGAAGAGUUGAUAAUACAGGGAGCUCCAACUGGUAUUCUUCCAAUUUCUCCUCCUUUGACUCCAAAGCAAUCCCCCGGAAAAAGACUCACUGGUGACGAAUCCAGUAUUUUGCUAAAUUCAGCCUCCAAUACGAAUAAGGUAUCUAUGAAAGCUAGACCUGGUCCAGCAUCAAGAACAAAACAUAGUCAGUAUUUUAAAGAAGAAGCAGAGAAUUGUAUGCUAAAUUGUGAAUUUUGUGAGGCUAAGUUUUUACGAAAGUCUGAUCUCUACACUCACAUGUGGGAGCACGAAGAAACGUAUCUCGAUUGUAAGAUGUGCUCCGACAAGUUUCUCGAGUUAUCUGACCUGCAGCAUCAUUUGGCCUUAGUUCAUGGUCAGAUUGAGAGUCUCAAGGAUAGACACCCAAAUCCGCGCAAACCCGGGCCUGCCAGUCGAACCAACGCACCAAAGGAAAACAGGGCCCAACAGAUAAUUAACUCGAACAUUCCCAGUCAUCUUGCAGCUCAGUAUCCUGAUUCUUCGGGGUAUCCUUGCCAGCAGUGCGGUAAAGUGUUAAUGCAUAAGCAGAGUUAUGUCAGUCACAUGAGGGUUAUUCACGGUGACUACUAUGGUGGAAACAAAUGGAAGGGGAGCAGUGUAGUUCAGUUAGUUCUUGGAGAUCAAGAUAAUAAAAAACGGCUUCAAGAAGACCAAAAGUCACAAAUAAGUACUGCUCUUCAUAAUAUUACAAAUCAUCCUGAUGAAAACCCGGCUAGUCUGAUCUACAAUGAUUUAAAGCUUGGAGUGGCAUGUGAGUUCUGCAACAAAGUUUUUAAUGAUCAAACCUCAAUGGAAGAACAUAUCCUCACAGUACAUCCAUAUCUGAAAAAACGGAUACAGACGUUUAAAGAUUCCCAUGGACUAAAAGACUCAGAUGAACCCGACAAAAAACGACUGAGACUGGACUAUGAAGAGGUGCAUACGCUAAAAUCCAGAGAGCUGGCAAAUAACAACAACUUCAAUGGCCUGGAUAAGGGAGAAAAACAAACCCAGCCUCUUUCUUUAGUUCUUCCUUCCGUUCUCACGCCUCCAUCAGAAACAUCUGAGAGAUCUUUUUCGAACGAGGAAGAAAUUGAUGAUGAGCGGGAUGAAUAUGACAAGAAAGACGAGGAACACAUGGUUCAGGAUCGAGAGGACGAUGUUCGGUUUGAACCAAUCACAGAAGAGUUCCUUUUUGAAGGAAGGAUGAUCCGUCCUUCCUAUUGUGUUUUACCCUUUGUCACUGAUGAAGAGGUGGAGACCCAAACACGAAGGAACAUUACGGAUUACUAUGAUCCGUCUGAGGAGUUUAGCGAGGAGGAAGAAGGUCAAAUGGUUAUUGACGAGAAUCCAGUAGAAAAAGAAAGAUCCUACACCAGUAAUUUCAAUAAUAAUGAAAUCAAAGUCAGUGCAAUCGGCCAGGGGUUCGCAGAUUCUAUAAAUAUUUGCAAUAAAGAGGAGGACACGCCUACCCACUCUGUAAGACUGGAGUCUACCCGACCUUUCUUCUAUCCGUCGUUUUCCAAUUUUCCCUUACCAUUCUCCCUCUCCACCUUGUUGCAGAAGAAGAAGGAAAUUGCUGCUAUAUUAGUUCCCAGAACUCCCCAACUAAACCAAUCAAAACUUACGUUAGAGCAUCUUUCAAAAGCGGCAAUGUCAAUAAAAAGCCAAAUAUCUCCAACCAAGUCUGAUUCUGCUAACACUACAGCUGUGAGCGAGUAUGAGCAUCAGAUUCAAAACGAUCUGUGGCCUAUAGACUGCAUCAAAUGCACAGCUCUACUACCAAAUUUAGAAAAUUUCAACAUUCACAUGAACGAUCAUUGGUCUGAUGAUAAAUGCUGCCCUGUCUGUGGCCUACUGAUUAACUCCAAAAGAUUCAACUUCAAGCAGCAUCUUAAAAUACAUACCGGGGAGAAACCGUUCGUAUGUCAGAUCUGUUCAAGGGCUUUCAGACAGAAGGCACAUAUGGUGAAACAUGUAACAACGCAUAGAUCUGAACCUCGGCCUGUUGGGCAUGACCUCACGUUUCAACCUGGUGUAAUAGUUCAAUAAUUUAUAUGCAAAAUUUGUUUAAGCUGCAGAUGUUUAAAAAUUGUUUUUUUGUUUUGUUUUAUUUCAUCUAAUCUAAUUGCAGUGGCACACAUCUUUGAUUUCGUAGAAUAUCGAUUUUAUCAAAACACUUGAUUUAAUGAUUUACAUUUAUCUUUUUUACCAUCGAAAACUAUUUAAAAUGUUUCAUUUUUCCACAGAAGAUUGAUUAUAUAGUUUUUAUUUUUUUAACCGAAUCCUCGUUAUUACCUAAUUUUUAAGAUUCGAAUUAGAAUCGGAUACUCUUUAUGUUGUGCAAUUUAGUCGGUGUUAUAAUUCUUUACUCUCUAUUUCACUAUUCUCGUAUGAAAAAUUUACUUUGUUAAUAAAUUCGAAAUAUAAAUAAAGCUCUAAAAUAAAGUUGA